AUGGUGAGCAAUGAUUGGAUAUCCUUCUCCUUUCGGCAUGGUCUGAUUAAUAUUUAUGAUGGACUAGCCUCUUAUAUCAAAAAGUGGAAACAAGAAUUUUUCUUUGUGGAUGCUUCUGCUUUCGGUGGUCCUAUGUGCUUUGGAGAUAUUGCAGAUCGAGAUUGUAAUCAUGACCCUAAACUUACACCUGAAGAGCAUUUCGUUGUUGAUAGGUUGACUGUAAACUUCAUGAAAUGGGUUGAUCCCGGUGAGGAGAUGCUUGAGAUAGCCUUAUUGUCUAGUGCUUGGGGUAAGAGUGAAAAACGAGAUGGUCCAAUUCUUCAGGGUAAGGAUUCCACUCUCCUAAAUCGACUUCACCGGAGGCGGCUUACGGGAAUCUCAAAGUCUUCCGAUGGACCUGCCACUCGGUCUCUUGGAUCCUCAAGAGGGGAUACCCAUCUCGAGGUUGAGUCAAGUAUUGAUUCUCAUCCUUUUAUUGAUUUUGGCCAUUCCCCUUUGCUGAAUUCAUUAAAGAGUGGAAAGAAGGGGUCAUGA